AUAAAGCCGCGCAGAGAGCGUGAAACAAAGCAGUCGGAUCGGAAUUGGACUUGGGAAGCGCCGUGUGGAGUCAGGCAUAAAACUUGUCGGAGGAGAGGAAUGAGCCUGCUCCUCUAGCUCUCCUCAUCUGCGCGGCGCUUCAGGGGUUCCCGCCAGCCUUGCGAUUUAUUUUUAUAUAUCUGCUUUUUAUAGAAAGAGAAAUAUAUAUAUAUUUUUUUCCUCCUAAGUGAAAAUUUCUGUUUCGAGAGAAAAUAAGGCAAGAUCAAUGAAGGAGAGAAGAGCCAGCCAGAAAUUAUCCAGUAAAUCUAUCAUGGAUCCUAAUCAGAACGUGAAAUGCAAGAUAGUAGUGGUGGGAGACAGUCAGUGUGGGAAAACCGCGCUGCUGCACGUCUUCGCCAAAGACUGCUUCCCCGAGAAUUACGUCCCUACGGUGUUUGAGAAUUACACGGCCAGUUUUGAAAUCGACACACAAAGAAUAGAGUUGAGCCUGUGGGACACUUCGGGUUCUCCUUACUAUGACAACGUCCGGCCCCUCUCUUACCCAGAUUCAGAUGCUGUGCUGAUUUGCUUUGACAUCAGUAGACCAGAGACGCUGGACAGUGUCCUGAAAAAGUGGAAAGGUGAAAUCCAGGAGUUUUGUCCCAACACCAAGAUGCUCUUGGUCGGCUGCAAAUCUGAUCUUCGGACAGAUGUCAGUACAUUAGUAGAGCUCUCAAACCACAGGCAGACCCCAGUGUCCUAUGACCAGGGGGCAAAUAUGGCCAAACAGAUCGGAGCAGCUACUUACAUCGAAUGCUCGGCUCUACAGUCAGAAAACAGCGUCAGAGACAUUUUUCACGUGGCCACCUUGGCAUGUGUAAACAAGACAAAUAAAAACGUUAAGCGGAACAAAUCGCAGAGGGCGACAAAGCGGAUUUCACACAUGCCCAGCAGACCAGAACUCUCCGCGGUGGCUACGGACUUACGAAAGGACAAAGCCAAGAGUUGCACUGUGAUGUGAAUCUCUGGUUUUCUUUAAUGAGGACAAGGAAACCUAGUGUGGAAAACACCACCAACAAAAAAAAAAAAAGGUGAAGUCUGAGCAAAGUGCAUAGCCAAAGUCACGUAUGCUGGAGGCUCGGGAGGCAUUUGGAAGGAUGCUCAUCUUUUUGGAAUCCUGUCCUUAGGUUCGGCAUGUAGAACAAGCGGUGAGAAGUGAGUUCAUUGAAGAGUUUUGAAGCGUGACUUGAAAAAUAUGCCAAAAAAGAGAGAUUCAGAUGGGUGAGGAGGAAUGCGAGGACCUCCAGGAAGAAAAACCACGCUCUGAAUGGUGCUUGCGUUUUUGUUUUCUUUGUUACAAUCUAUUCAUGGAUCUCUACUUUGAUUUAAUUUUUAAGUGUUUUAAUCUCCUUUACAAAAAGUAUAUAUUAAUACACCGUCCUCAUUGGGGAACUGGCACUGUGACCUUAGCAUUUAGUUUUCUAGAGGAUGUGAUCUAAUUUCCUCCUAGCUCAUCAUUAAAAUGGAAAUUGUAUCAGGACCCAUGGGAUAUCCAGAGGAAAAGUUGGUGAGGCUUUGAAAUCUUGCCAUCCUGAAGAUAGCUGAGCGAGAUGGUUCUCAAGAAAGGCCUUUGCAGUCUUGCAAGAUAUGCAGACCAGCACUACCAAGAUCGAAUAGGUCAGCUAGAAAAAAAGUGUCAAUUUUUAUUCAGUCUGAUGGUUCUGUUCAUCCUUGUGAUUGUCAUUAAAAAGUGGUAAAUUGCUCAAUGUGAUAUUUUUGUGUGCUGUUUAGAAAAGAGGGUGUGUGAUUUGUUUUGUUUUUUUUUUGCCAUCGUUGAUAAAAAUGCAAAGUCAAAUAAAAGGUGUCUUGGUUUGACGUCAUGGAAUGGUCCAAGGGGGAAAAAAAUGUAGGUACUAUUUUCAUCUGAAGAGUUAACGAAUGAAGGAUAGUAGCAGAAAGCACAGUUUGUGAGUUAAGCCGUCCGGAAUUAAGAUACCAAAAGUACAAAGCAAAAAACCUCCUUUGGGAUGAAGCUCCGAAGUUGGCAAUAUCUGAUGAUCAGUUUGUUUAUUUCACUUUCUUUCAAUGAACAUGAUACAGAAGGACCCUCUGAUCCAAGCUUUCGAGAAUCCUUAGAGGAAAAUUAUGUGAUGUCAGUCCUGACACCAUCCUAGGGCAUUUCUAGAGAGUGAUUGCUAAACCUCACUUAACCAGAUUCCACCAAGGCCCGUGUUUGAUACUUUAUCACUAUCGUUGCAUAAAAGAGUCAGCAUUUAAAAUAGUUUACAGAUAUUUUUUGACCAGUUACUUUUAGAGCUUCUUUCAGAGAAGAAACCAGAUCUGACCUUUUUAUUGUUGGCGCUUGUUGAAAACGAGCUUUCUUUCCAAUGAUAAAGCUUCAUUUUUGAAGUGUUGAAGCUGUGCUCCCAUUCAAUUGUGGCAGGAAGGAGAUUAAGGUAAUUACAGCAUUCAGUCUGUGUCUCACGAGCACUUUGUUCUGUCUCUGCAAGAAAAUGCCAUUCCGGUCAUUUCCCACGAAAUACAGACAUUUUACCAACAUGCUAUGCUUUGAUUCAUGCAGCAUUAUGCUUUGGGCAGUAUUACGAAAUAGCUGGCAAGUGCUUUCUGUAUUUAAAUAUUGUAAAAAGAAAAUAAGUUAUAACUGUUAUAAAGCAGAACUUUCAUUGCAGUUUUUUAAAUGUUGAAGUCACUUUGUAUGUUUGUUUGGUCAAUGUUUCUGCAGUAUUUAUUAAAACAUACUUUUUUUUUCUUCAAAUAAAAAAGUAACCAUG